AUGAAGAAGCACAUCUUCAGCAGCGAGAAGAAGCGGAAACAGGGAGAAGACUACCAAGAAGACGACGAAGCAGAGAAGGAAGACGAGGAAAACAAUGCGGGAGAAGAAGAAGAGAAAACGCCGAUGAAACUACUCUCGAGUUCGAAGAAGACAAAGACCGAUUUUGCCGGACGCAUCGGUGGCGUAUUUAAUACGACAAAAGGAAGGCGAAGGAGUAGCGCGGGGGCGUUUUUUCCAUCAUCAUCGACGAAGAAGACGAAGAAUAGUGAAGAGGAACAAAAGAAUAACAUCGAGAACGACGAGAACGACGAGAACGAGAAAACGACAGUACCACCAAAGCUGAUGAGUAUGACGACGGGAGAGAAAAAGUACGUCUCCGGCAAAGACUUUUUAACCGCCUCCGCGAAGAAGAAGAUGAUGAAGAAGAAGAGCGACGGAGAGAGCUCGUUUUCGAUGGGGUUUAAACGUCCUCUGCUUGGUUUGUCGUCUCCGCCGUCGCUGGGACCGCCUUCGUGUUUGAUUUCUCCGAACGGUGGAGCAAACUUUAUCGUGACGCACAAGUCACCGAAUAGCGUAGCUUUUGAGAUGCAUCCGGGAGGGAGAGAGUACGACGAGGACGGCGAGGACGCGCCGCCUUCGGCGCACUAUUUGAGCGGGUCACCGGUUGCGAGCGGUAAAAUUUUUGAGCGGAAGGAAAAGAAAACGUCGCUUUCGCCGUUGGCGGGUAAAAUUAGACAGUUUCCAUCGCUCGGCGGAGCAGAAGGUGAAGGAGGAGAGAACGACCGCGGCGAUCACAAGGAGGAGAAACGAGAAAACGAUACUGCUGCUGCUGCUACUACUACUACUAUUACUAACACUACUACUACUACCGAUGCGGUUGCCGAGAAGAAAGGAGAUGAUGAUCAUCGCGGAGCGCCGGUGGUAUCGUCGCCUUCGGUUUCGAUAUCAGACGGGGAGGAGAAUGUAGAUGGUAGAAGCGAAGGAAAUGCAAAACGAGGAGAGGAAAAAGAAAAAGAUUUAGUAGUAGAUGUUAAUGUAGAAGAAGAACGUGAAAUUGUUGACGACGAUGAAGAGCACGCGGUCCAGACUUGGCUGCGGGAUCAGAAAAUAUUACGGGAAUCGGGGCAAUCGAUGAAUGAGGAUCAUCUCAAGGCGGCACCAAAACGGGUGAUGGAAGCUCUUGGUAUUUCGGAUAAUGACGAUGGCGAUGAUGGGAUGAUCGUGAAUGAUGCGCCCGUCGAUUAUGGCUCCUAUGACGACGACGACCACCACCACAACGACGACAACGACGACGACGAUUUCGGCGGCAACUAUGUGAAUGGCGAUGAUGAUGACAUGAUUGAAGAAGAAGAAAGAGAAGAAGAUGAUGAACAGCUGCAACAACAGGAACAAGACGUAUUCGAGGGUAGUAAAGCAAAAAGCGAUUACGCGUAUCAGUGUUCGAAAUGCAAUCAGAACUUUUUGUCCAGAUACAAACAUAAACUGCAUCUCUCUGGGCCGUGCGGAAAGAUCGAGGAAAAGAGCACGAUGAAUAGUAACGAAUGCAGCAAGUGCGGCAAAGUGUGUAAAAACCAGCAGGGAAGAAUUCGUCACGAACAGGUAUGUCCGGGUAAAGAAGAACUAGAGCGAAGGGCAAGAGAAGAAGCCGACCGAAAAGCGGAAGAGUUGCAAAGACGCGCGGAAAAAGCCGAAGAGAAAAGAAGAGCGAAGGAAGAGGAAGAAAGGACGAAGGAAGCAAAAAGAGAGGAAGCGCGCAAAGUUGAAGAGCAAAAGAAGUCAGAGAUGAAUCGACGCGAAAAAGAAACGAAAGACCGCGCAGCGGCCGUGAAAAAAACGCUCGCUGAAGCAAGACUCUUUGAAGCGCUGCAAACGAAUCGAGGCAUGACGCCUGCGGCAGCAAUUGUACGAGUCAUUCGAGAAAAGUUGUUGAAAGCGACAACACGCGCUGCUAUGAUAGAUGAUGAAGACUGCAGUGACAACGAUGCGACUGAAAAAUACAGCACAGCACGCAACAUAGUAGAUAGCGACGCUCUCACUGCCUCGAUGAGGCGAACCAGAGAUGAUCUAGUGAAGCAACUUGAACCUACAGUUACCGGUCAUGAAGAUUCCAUCGCCGUGUGUCUCUCUGGCGCGAGAGGCGUCGGUAAAACUGCCAUUGUAGAAGCAGCGCUGGCAAAGCUUCAAAAGCUCAACAACAAUACGACCACAACGAUGAGCAAUAGAAGAAAACCAGGCAAUCAACAACAUAAGGAGGCGAAAAUACCAGUCGUUAGAUUAUCGGGACUUUUGCACGCCGAAGACAACAUUGGGAUGCGGGAGGUGGCGAGACAACUUCGUCCGAGUUAUCAAAUGUGGGACGACGAAGAAAUGGACGACGACGAAGUUUUCGAUAACGAUUUCGUGGACGAUAUCGUUUUCAGCAUCAACACAGCUGGUGGCACCGCAAACAACGCUAGCGCAACAAACAAAGUCGCGUCGAACAUGCGAGAAAAUUACAACUUUGUUGAGGAAACGCUUCGUCUGUUGGAAGGUGCGAAGAAAACGGCUGUCUUCGUCUUGGACGAUUUCGAUUUGUUCGCCAGAAAAGGCAAGAAACAAACGUUCUUAUACUCAAUGCUCGAUUUGCUACAGCAAAAACACGCUCAAAUAGCAAUUAUCGCGAUUACCUCGCGACACGACGUGGAAGAAGCGCUUGAGAAGAGAGUGAAAUCGCGAUUCACGGCGAGAUAUUGCGUCGUUGAGUCUCAAACAUGCAUCCCUCCGCUCGUUCUCGAUGAACGCACGGGACAACCGUUGAAAGAUCGCGCCACCGGAAAAGAAAUCGUGGAUGACGAGAGCAUAUCCAGAAAUCUGGCGCAGUUUGAAGAGUUUUUGGCAGAGCGAGUGCGUAAUUGUUUGAAAGUGAGCGCCCAAAUCGUUCCUCCGUUGACGGAGAAACGAGACAUCGGUGUAGCCGAAAGCAGCAGCGCAGUCCCGGGCGUAUUGUUCUCCGAACGUGGUAAGCUGGCGAUAAAAUCGUGGAAUGCUGCUGUCGACGAAGCCAUCAACACACCUCUGGUUAAGACGCGUUUGCAAGCGAUCGCGACGCUCGAUAACGUUCCGCGAACGGCGUCAGAUUUAGCCAUCGCGGCGUUGAUGGCGUAUCAAUCGAGGACUCUCUUUUCUACCGCCGCCUUGCUUAACGAUAACAACGGCAACGACGACAACAUCAGCAGAAAUGUAUUAUUACCAUCCGAUCUCGCUCGCGCCUUGAAAGACUUCACCAGGAACGAUUUCGUGGAGAAUUUGAAAAGUUGUUCGCUUCUGGAACUUCUCUUGUGCGUCGCGGCGUACCGUCUGCACUUUACCCGCGAGAGGUUUCACUUCACCAUCGCCGCCCUCACCCAAGAACUUCAUGAAAUGGGAAGCGUCGAGCAGCUUGGUGCCGCCAAAGAUGCCACGGACGGCGUCGUCGCGCGUUCCUUUGAAACUCUCCUGCGCAUGAAACUCGUUCGCAUCGUGAAACGAAGCAGCGGUCACGGUUCCUCGUACUCUUCCGCCGCCGCCGCCACCGCGCCGUCCGCGAACGGUAACAACAAGAGAGCCCCGACGAAUGGGACUGCCUCUGGUGCCAAAGACUGGAAAGGCGUCGCUUUAAUGUGCACGGAAAAAGAGCUCAUAGAAGCCAUCGAGGGUCACCCGAGCAAACUUUCCAGCCUCAAAGAGUUCCUGCGCCACGAGAACGUCGCCUCCGCCGUCGCGUGCGCGCUGUAA